AUGGCUGGAGAGGACCAAUGUUCUUCUCCUCAACCCGGGGAAUGGGUGAAGGGCAAGGUAGUGGGAUGUGGGACUUUUGGCGCUGUCAAUUUGGCUAUGAGCAAAGUCACCGGGGCGCUCUUCGUUGUCAAGUCUGCACAAUCUGGUUCUGGACUUGUUUCUCUAGAAAAUGAGGCUGAGAUUCUCGAAACCCUGAAUUCCCCACAUAUUGUUCGGUGCGUGGGAAAGGAAUUUUCCAGCGAAACAAACGGAAACCACAGGCUCAGUGUUUUCCUGGAAUACAUGGCCGGAGGCAGUUUGUCGGAUGUUGCUGAGAAAUUUGGGGGUUUCCUGGACGAGCAAGUAAUCCGCUUGUACACUAGAAAAAUUCUUCAAGGCCUUCAGUAUCUGCACGAGAAUGGGAUUGUGCAUUGUGAUCUCAAAUGCAAGAAUGUGCUUUUGGAUUCAUCAGGCAACAUCAAAUUGGCAGACUUUGGAUGUGCCAAGAGGCUUGAUGCCCGUACGAGCCGUGUAUCGAUCCAUUCUUGGCAGCCUAUUUGUGGUACUCCAUUGUGGAUGGCUCCUGAAGUUCUGAGAAAUGAAGGGCUGGAUUUUGCUUCAGACGUUUGGUCAUUGGGGUGCACCGUUGUCGAAAUGGCUACGGGAAGGCUUCCAUGGGCCGAAAACAUUUCAAACCCGAUGGCUGCAGUUCUGAGGAUUGCGUGCGGCGACGAUAUGCCUCAGUUUCCAGAGAAGUUCUCAGAGGAAGGGUUGGAUUUCUUGGCAAAGUGCUUCGCAAGAGACCCGAAAAGAAGGUGGACGGCCACACAGUUGCUCUGCCAUCCGUUUGUUUCUGGGGAGAAUUCCAGAAAGGAGAAUGCAUUUGCUUGCUCACCAGCAAGUGUUUUAGAUGUUCGAAUUCUUGAAGUUGGGUAUGAGUCGGAUGAAUCAGAGAGUGCUACUGAUCAAGGAUUGCUUUCGAGCAAAAUUCCAUUUUCAGUGAGGCACUGCAGCAACAGAAAGGGAAUGGCACUGGAGCAACAAGAAGAAGAAGAGAGCAACCUCUUCUCAGCUGAAAGUUGGAUUACUGUUAGAUCAGGUUGA